AUGGAGUUCCUACGAUACAUUUACACCGAGGAAGUUCGCUUAAAUGGGGACAAUAUUUUACAGUUACUCUAUUUGGCAGAGAAAUACAUGAUUCCCUCGCUGACCAACCGCAGCGUUUUAUUCUUGCGAGACCAUCUGGAUUCAAGUAACAUCUUUUGUGUCUUGAAACACUCUAAGUUAAUUGAAAAUAAGUCUCUCUGGCGCUCCUGUUGGAAAUUUAUAGAUAAAGAAGCCAAAGAUGUUUUGGAAUCAAGCGAGUUCUUGGAAAUGGAUCGAUCAGACUUGAUUGAAUUGGUGAAAAGGAACACACUGAACGUCAAGGAAGUCGAAUUGUUCACUGCCAUCAAUAAGUGGGCGGCAAACCAAUGUAAAAAGCUCGGGCUUUGCGCUACAAUAGAACGCCGUCAAGUCCUUGGAGAUGACAUCAUAGACAACUUGAGGUUUCCAGUUAUGGAAGAAAACGAAUUUAAUGUUGUCAAAAGCACCAAUCUGUUAACAAAGGAAGAAACACAGGAAGUUUUGAACAACUUCGCUGACAGCAGAUGGCCAACUCGGUUUUUGCGACAUGAGAGGCAAUAUGACCCUUCAUCUCAAAGAAGAACUCUUUACCACAGGGGGCAGAUAUGGGAUAUCUAUGAUUAA